AUGCUUACUAUACAGCUCAUCUCUGCUUUUGUCCUGGCUUCAUGUCAACAAGCCUUAGCAAAAUCCUGCUCCGGCUUCACGGCCAUUGACAGACCCAAUGGUCCUACCUACACAUCAAUCGAUGGUCCCCGAGUCAUCAGCAAGGGCGCCAACUGUCCUGCCACACAAAAUUGCACGGUUCCUCACGGCGGCUAUGUGACUGCUGGUCGCACCCUCAACAUCUCAGACCCUAGCUACGCCGAUUCAGUCUUCAAGACAAUCUCCUCAGUCGUGGAGCUCGAGUUUGUCGAGACGAAGACCUAUCCAGUGUCUAACGGGACAAUGGGGUUCGAGAAUGGCACAUCUGGUUAUGUUAUCUUCACACCUUACACCAUUUGCACCACUGGGCGACUUUCCGACUGCGAUGCUGGUGAGCUCAAUGGAGAGCUUGUCGAGGCGUGUACACUGGACCUCAGAUCUGAGGGUAGACUUGAGGGUCUCACAAGUCCCGUUAUCACCGUUGGAGACGACCUUGAAACAUUGACCUGCAACCCUGCCAACACGACGCAGGCCAAGAAUGGAAACUACUCUAGUUCUUGCACUGGUUCUGAAGAGGAAGCGGAUCAUACUGGUGCUGCCAGUGCAUUGGGUGGAAUGUCUCUGUUGCUCCUAUCAGGCUCGCUGCUGGUAGCCUUGGUCGGGUUUUAG